GCCACGACGCGGCGCUCCGCAACCUCGUGGAAACGAGUCAGUUUUCCGCGGAAACGGCGAUCGACGACGCAACUGCGGAAAAGCGGCUUGUCGGAGAAUCGGAAAGUCGCAUCGCGCUUUAGUGCACGCUUGUAUGGAUGACUGGUAUCCUUUGCGCUCGAGGUCAAUGAUUACUUGACCGAUGGUGCGAUCUAAACUAGAACACACAAAUGAUAUCGAGAGAACUGCCACUCAUUUGAGCAGCUGCUGCCAUAACAAUACCGUAGCGGCGCUACGUCACCGAGGAGUAUAGAAAAAGUGAAAAAAUCCGGGUCUGAUGAAAAUGGCGUGUUCCCGUCCGAGAGUUCCGCUGGAAGUUUAACCGAACGCCUGUUGUUCGUUAAGCGCAGUAAACUGAAUCGUCUCGAAAUGGGGCCUUUUGUGAUGCUGCAACUGCUCUAUUGCUCGCUGGUACACAGCGCUCGUUUAGCAACGUCCAGUGCAGGUAACAGCGGUCUCAAGUGGGUACGCGUAUCGGUACCUCAGUACCGGAUCCCUGGCGAAUCUGCGACCUGCUACUGUGACUACGAUCUAGGCAACGAUACGCUUUAUGCCGUGAAAUGGUACAAGAACACGAAGAGUUCUACCGGUUCGUGCCCAAAGCGAGACCUCAGAAGACCUGGUAUAAGGUGGAAGGUGUGCACGUAGAUGUAUCGAAAUCAGAUAGCAAAAAAGUGGUACUUCAUUCAGUUAGUUGGAAGACCUCGGGCCUCUUCAGAUGUGAAGUAUCGGCUGAAGCACCAUCGUUUGCGUCUGCACAAAGCGAAGCAAGGAUGGAAGUCAUAUUGUUACCUGAAGACGACCCUGUCAUCACCGGCGUGGAAAUGCAGUAUGAAAUAGGAGACGAAAUCAAUUUGAACUGCACAUCUGGUAAAGGACACCCGGCACCUGUACUGCAUUGGUACAUUAACGAACAACAGAUCCAAUCGCCGGAAGCACUGGUGCACUACCCCGUAGAACAGUACCCUCAAGGGCUGAUGUCCUCCACCUUGGGACUACGUUUCACCCUCAGUAACCAACAUUUCAGAGGAGGAUCAAUGCGGGUGAAGUGCGUCGCUUCGAUAGCACCCAUCCUCUACCGAAGUGACAAGGAGAGCGUAUUGCAGACGCAGAGCAUACCUAUCAAGGACAUGAGGGAGGCGCUGUUGCUUGUGAAAGGCUCUGCACCAACGAUCCCCAGGCUGUCCGUCGUCACAAUGCUGCUUUUAUUCCGCUUGAGUAGACAAUUAUCUUUAACAUAGACAAUGGACCUUUUGUAAAUAUUGUAUAAAAUCGUGAACAAUCAAUGAUAGAUCGACUACAACUGUGAUAUACAUUUUUUAAGAAAACAUGUCCCUAAGGCACUGUAAAAAUCUCAUCCAAUCACUUUGCCCCAUCGCAUUGUGCACUAGAUGUAAUUGUGAAAGCUAAUCUAAAUAAAUCGUAGUUAUAAUUAACA